AUGGGCAAGAAACAAAAAACCAGCCAUGAGCCGCACUCGCCGCUUUUUUUGAUGCUCGUGAGGCAUUUUGCACUGGGCAAGCUGUCUGCUUCAGAAAUUCAGGAGUUUGCAGACUGUGCGGUGAAAUCUGGAAGCUCAGCAGAAGACUUGCUGAAACUGCAGGCCUUAGGAGCCCAUGGUGAAUCGCCACAGAACUGCCACAGAGACAUUUCCAGGUGGAUCUUCAAGAACAUGUGCUCCCCAGAAAGCACCAGCAUCAGAACACCUGUUCUGGUCAGGGAGUUGAAUGGUGAGAAGAAGAUGAUGGAGAAGGACAGCCCUGUGAACUUGCCCCAUGCCUGGAUCGACCAGCUCUCUGAGCAUGGGUUUUUGGAAACAGUCAUGGCUCCCGAAGCAGAAAUCCGGACAUUCUGGAGCAAGCAGCUCUGGAAAGAAAACCCUCAGUUCCGCCAGGAUACAAAGUACUGGAAGGCCAUAGAUUUCCAGGCAGAGGCCCCUAUCCCACUCGUGCUUCACGGAGACGCAGCUCCAUAUUCGGAGACUGACUCCACGAUGGCAAUAUCGAUGCGAUGCAUGGUGAGCAAUGUGAGUGUGCAGUUUUCGCAGCUUAUGCUGGUGAACAUGCCGAAGAACGCCACUGAGGACUGGGACAGAACUUGGGACCCAAUCUGGAAGGAACUGUCGGAGUCCUUCAAGAAGCUAGACCUGAGGCAGCACCACCUCUGGAGUGUUCCGGGGGUCGGCUUCUGGACGGUCAAACUGGAUCUGUUGCAUUUGAUGGAUCUUGGCAUUUCUUGCCACAUCUUUGCAAACCUGCUGUGCGACAUUUUGGAUACACUGCCAGGGAGCAGCUUGGAGGCCAGGUUGAAAGUCUUGAACCCGAAAAUUUCGCAGAUAUAUGAAGACCUGGAGAUACCGACGGCUGAACGGACUGUUCGGAAGUUUUCGCCAGUAGCUGUACGGUUGGCCACGGAAUAUAGUGAUGACUCGUCUACGAGAUCUAUGCACAGAAAAGCUUGUGUGGAGUGUUUGGACAAAGUGUACAGCAUGGCAGAUGAGAAGAAAUGGGUUUUUUCUUCAAAGGAUUUCACAGUUUUCGAAGAUGCAGUGCAAGGAACAUUGUCCCACUAUCAUUUCCUGGCGAAAGAUGCAUUGAAGAGGAAGCUUCUGAAAUACAGCAUCACCCAGAAGUUCCACCUCUUUUACCACUUCGGGCAGCAGUCAAAAUAUCUGACGCCGAGAUGUGUUUGGUGCUAUGGCCCUGAGUCGUACCUGGCGAUUGUGAAAGCUGUGACUGCAAGCUGCUCUCGUGGAACUGCCAGCUACCAGGUUGUGGGAAAGGUGCUUCAAAAGUUUAGCCUGGCUUUUCACUUGCUCUUAAAGGGCUUGUUGGACUUCGACACUGAGAAGCCGGAGGACUAA